UUUCUUGUUUGUCUGCCUCCAGCUCAGGUUUCCUCUCCACUUGGUUCUUGGUGAGGAAGAGGACAUGUUUCGUCUCAUUCUCCAUGCGUCUCACAAAUAAGAGAAUGAGUCUGGAUGUGCCCAAACCUGAAGCAAAGACUGGCAGCAAAGCCCCACCAAGAGUCACCGGCCCUGCAUCGGGCCCGCCCAAGUUCAAACAGCGGAACAGCCGCCAAUUCAAGAGCAAGCCUCCCAAGAGGGGCAUCAUUGGAUUUGGAGAGGAGAUCCCAGGAAUGGACGGCCUUGGCACAGACAUCACUGUAAUCUGCCCAUGGGAGGCAUACAGCCAUCUAGAGCUACAUGAGCUGGCUCAGUAUGGCAUCAUCUGACCCUAAAGUUAUUCUUGGAUAGAUCAUCAAUAUUGGCUUAAAAUAUCAGUUAAGAGAUGAAUUGUAUAUGAAUAAUGUUCUUUGCCUAAGUUGUUUUAUAAACUAUUUGUAUACGA